AUGCAAUGGGCUGACCUCCGAGGGCUGCGCAGCUCGACCGGAAGAGUUGCCCGCAUGAGCACGAUCGCAGCCCGACGACGGCUCCCGCUGUUGCAACAGCUGCCGUCCCUGCAUGCGCCAGCAUCGGCGCCCCGAAGGUGCUUUAGAGCGAACCAAGACCGCGGCGUGCGGCUCUUCUCGACCCAACCUCGGCUCAGUUUCCCCGACCAUGGGGGGAAGAAGAAACCAACGCGAAGGGAGCAAAAGUCGAAGUCGCCUUCGCUAUUCGAGGAGCUGUUCCCAGACGAUGAAAUUUCUCCUUCUUCGAAUCACUCCAGGGCGCAGGACGAUGGGGACAGUAAAGGGAAGGUCAAGGUCCGGUUCAUAACCUCCACCGACCCGGACAAGUCUGAGUCGACAGAGUACAAGAUGAGGCUACUGGAGCGCAAGAACAGGUCCAGCAAGUCAGAACGUGAGGCGUCCGGGCAGAUUGCCGACUUCUUCGAGGCGCGAGCAAGGGCGAAGAAGGAACAGGACAAGGCGGCCGACAGAGAGAGUUCGUCCAUCUUCAACGAGCUCUUCUCGGCCCCGGGAUCCGGAGCGGCUGCUGCUGCUGCCGCAGCACUGAGAGGGGGAGGUGCCGAAAGCAAGCUGGGAAGCUCUCAGGCCGAUCAGCACCAGUCGGAAGAAAGAUCCGUUAACCACAACGACCUCCAGUCCUGGCUCGACUCCCUCCCGAAGGACGACGCCGCGACCGCCACCUCCCCGGCAGCGUCCCCAGAGGCGGCGGCAGCGGCGGCGACAACGACGACCAAGGCAGAGCGCUCCGCCAUGCUCAUCCUCUCCAACGCCAGCCCGAACCUCUUGGAGAGCGAUUUCUACCGCAUCGGGCCCCAGGGCCACCACCUCGACGGCUGGAGCGCCUCCAUCCGGAAAGUCAUGCAGGCCUACGACUACAGCACCCUGGAGCCCAUGGACCGCUACUUCAUCCUCUUCGACUCCCACGCCGCCGCAGCAGCCUACCAGCGCGAGGCACAACGCCUCCACGCCCUCGCCCGCCGCUCCCUCGCGUCCCCCGCCGCCGGCCUGGCGUCGUCGUCGUCCUCCUCCUCCUCCUCCUCCUCCUCCUCCUCCUCCUCCUCCGGCUCAGCGCCCUCCAAAACGUCAGCCUUCAGCCUGGCGCCCCCCUCCAAGGCGUCCCUGAGCCUGCAUCUCUACAAGCUCAACCGCGCCACCGAGGCCCGCCUCGAGACCUUUAGCAUCCACGGUCUCCUGAGCAUGACGCCGGAGCCGCCCCCCCGCGCAAACUCCCACGUCGUCCUUUCCCUCGAGGGCGGCACCCUCGACCAGCGUAGCCUCUCCCACUGGAUCCGCCGCGACGCCCGCGACCGGAACCUGGGCUGGCCGGUGCAGCACCUGCGUCCGUACUUUGCUCCCAAGGUGGACCGACGGACGGUGACGGCCGGGGAGCCCACGGAGGUUCCGGAACCUGAGUGGGAUGACGACGCGGCGCCGGAGUUGAUGGUGGCCGACUCGGGACGGAGAGCCGGCCCCGGCCCCGGCCCCGGCGUCGGCGGUGACGCUCUGGAUGAGACGGCCCCGUCUGCUCGGUUUGUCGUUUCGUUCCCGGACGUGCAUGAGGCGAGGCGUUUCGUUCGUGCGUGGCACAAAAAGGAGCUUAUUUUAACAAAUGACCAGAGCGUAAUUGUAAACACAUAUGUUGUGUGGUGA